UAUUUUUGUAUGUUGACCUUAUGUCCAACAAACUUGCUGAACUCUUUGAAUAGUUCAAACAGUAAAUUCUUUUGCAUAUUUGUACAGAGACUCUUAUCUUUUGCAAAUAAUGAAAGGUUUAUUUUUCCUUUUAAAUUUUUAUGCCUCAUUUUUUUUAUCUUGACUUACUGUGUUGGUUAGGAUCUCCUAUCCAAUGUUGAAUUGUGGAGAUUGGAGUAAGAUGUCUUUAAUUGGAUUUAGAAACUUCCCUUCCAGACCUAGUUGGCUAAUAGUUUUCAGUUUUUGGUUUUUUAAUGAAUGAGUAUUAAAUUUUACUGAAUGUCUCUUUUCUGCAGUUAUUAAGAUAGUCAUGUCUUUUUUCCUUCUUUAAUAUAUUAAACUGCUAGAUAUUCUGAUUUUGAAACAUCCUUGCAAUCCUGAAAGAAAAAUUCAUCGCUAUUGGUCAUAUUGUCUUUUAAAAAGCAGAGCUGAAUUUGAUUUGUAAAUUAGUUAUUUAGGAUUUUGCAUUCAUGUUAACAGUCAAAUUGGCCUGUAGCGCUCUUAUGGCAAGCAGAGCACGCUCCUCUUGUGCCCUGCUCUGGGGUGGUUUUAUUUCCUGAUAACCCCUAAUCAUGUUGUCAGCUCCCAAGUCUGAGGUCAGCAAGGCUCUUCCUAUAAACCCUCUCAUUGGGCUGUGUUAUUGCUCUUUUCUGGUACACAGAGGUGUUUAUUGCUUUUCUUUAUUUAUUUGUUUUCAUGUUUAUUAUUUCAAGUGUGGUAUGUAUAACCUUUCUAUUCCUGGACUCAUCCUCUUCUCUCGCCAUAGUAUUGCUUCCCAUGGCCAUCUAGUUUUAGAGACUCAGUGGAAAACUAUCUUUACGUUGCAAUAGAUAACACUUCUGUCUUGCUGCCAUCAUCAAAAUUUAAUAGGCACAUUCCUAAUUUUUUAUAUGAAUUGUUGGUGAAGGCAUUGGCUAUGCUUUUCAGAGAAUGCUACAUUCUACAGCAAUUCAACAAAAAUCAUUCAUAUUUACAAUCCAAAAUGAUAUGCCAAUCUCCAACACACAUUUGAUAUUUUUCAUUAUCACUCCAACUAGGGCUAGAAGUAAAAUGAUUUCUUUAAAAAUGAAUUUUGUGCCAGCACUAAGUUCAGCAGCACAUGCUUUUAGGGGAAGAAUUCUUUGUUGUUUCUUUGACUAGUUCUUUUUAAAUUCCCUAGCUUGGCAUUUCAAUCUGUUCAAACAGUAUUUUAUUGAUUGAAGUUGAUAAUUGUAUUAUUUCCAGGCCCUUAUUCAUUUGUGGCAGAUAGAAGGAAUGACAUUUGUAUAAACAGGUACUAAGGAUUUCAGGACAUUUUGACUGAUCUAACUCUUAACUGCCUAUUUCAGAAUAUGUUCAUCACAGUUAGGCCAAGCUUCAUGUAUAUAAUUAACUUUGGAAAGAUUAUAUCUCCUGCGGACUUUUUGAAAUACUUUACAAUCUAAGUUUGUUAUUUUUUGCUUAGCAUGCUUAAGUUAUUUUUCCCAUAGUAGUGAUAUAAAGACAUUUAUCUCUGUUUCUAGACUAAUCUAUAAAUCUUAUUUAGCUCAGAUGUUAGAAUAAGCAUGUUGAUGCAACCGUUUGUACAUAGUAUACAAUUCCUUUGUCAAAUGGAAUCCGAGUCUCAACUAACAGCUUCUAAAACCAUCUUCAUUUCUUUGCAGGUAAGAUAUUCACAACCUGGGCAAUUUUGAAAAUCAGUUUGGGAAUAAAAUUGUCUAUUAUGCUGUGUUUCUUAACUGUCAUUAUUAAGACUUUAUUUCUUGCCUUUUCAGGAUUAAUAUAUGACUCACACAUUGUCACUAUAUUUAUGUAAUAAUAACUGUGUUUAGUAAAUAAUAUCUGUUCACUUAUAAAGAGCUUAGUGAUUCUUAACUUUCACCUACUUAUUCUCAGAGCAAAUAAAAUGAAUCAAGAAAUUCUUGAAGAUUUGAAAUCUCUGAUGACUUUGAGUAAGUGUAUAUGCACCAUUCAUUGCUAAAGUAACCACAAAGCAUGUUUUUAAAAUACAUAAUUUUUUCUCCCUUCUUAUGCAUUCUUUUCUUCUUUACAUUUUUCUCUUUUCUUUCUUCCUUCCUCAUAUAAUUUUGUUCUCCUUUUUAAUUUUCCUCUCUCUUUUCCUUAUGGCUUCCAAAGAAAGGCAUAUGGUGUUGUGACCUUGUUACGGGAAACCACAUCUAGUUUGAAUUGGAUUCACAGUGUUCUAUAUUUUUGGCAAAGGUUUAGGAUAGCCAGACAUGUCUUAAUAUAAACAGUUCCCCCAAAGUGAGUUAAUACUUCAAAUUUUCUCUUUAUGGUUAAUUUAAAAGGCCAGAUGGUAGGCCAUUAUCUUUUUUUUUCCUGGUGGGAAUAAAAUACAGGGAAGCAUUUUAUUAAACAGUUGUUAAGGAUUAAGACUUUCACAGACCACUGAAUACUGACAAGUUAACUAUGUGAAUCUCUGUUGAGAGGACAGUUCUUGGCCUGUGAUAUAUCUGCAUUAUUGGGAUCAUGCACUAUAUGCAAAUGGAUCAGAUUAAUGGGAUUUUUAUGGGUUUUCGAAAAGAGCCAGACACACAAAAAGCCUUACAAAUGGAAGAACUAAGGUGGUACUUAAAAACAGCACCUUAGGAUCUAGUUCCAUCCUAUCUUUUCCCUUAAAUGCCAUGACAAAAGUUAAAACGGGCCCUGUCCCUUCUGAAUGCUGGGCUUCUCAUCUAAAUUUAAAUAAAAACCUUUGAAGAUGGGAAUGUGUUGGAAGAAAAGAAGGACAGAAAAAAAGUGUGUUGGAAGAGUCUGCGUGAGUAUGUACAUGUGUGGUUGUGGGCAUGUGCGUCCUGUGCGUAUGUGUGUGCCCCCGUGUGUGUGUGGAGCAUGCGUGAGAAUGCAUGCACAUGUGUGGGGUGGGUCACUGUGUGCAUGCAUGUGAAUGCAUUUGCCUGUGUAUGUGUCUGUGUGUGGUGAUUGUGUGUAUAUCGUGUUUGUAUGUGUGCCUGUGUGUGUACCUCUGUGAGUGGGUGUGUCUGUAUGUGACUGUGUGCGUGCCCAUUUGUGAAUGUGUGUGUGCCUGUGUCUGAGUGUGUGUGUGCCUGUGUGCUGCAGGCGGGAGAGGCUGCUCUGGCUCGGCGAGUGGCAGAGCAGUUAGUACAAAACUAGUAGUGAGAAAGGAAGCUGGGAAGAGACUGGGAAGAGGCAACCGACCUCAUUAACAAAAGCUCAGUUUUGUCCCUGCGGACCCAACCAGCAGAAGGCACGGGGCGAGCGGUGGCUGUCCGCCAGGGAGGUCGGGCUCCGUGUAAACAGUUGAAGGCAUCUUUAUCAUGCCCUUCUCACAGGGAGUCCUGAGGCUUGGCGCUCAGGAAGUUUGCAAAGCUGCAGCAGCUGACUUGGAGAAGACCAGCAAAGAAAGUGGAGUGUGUAUGUGAACUUCAAUUCUGUAUUUUCUGUGAGGUGGGUUAAUGGAUUUUUAGUAAAAAGAAAUCUCAAACACAGCUGACCUGAAAGACUGGAAUUUCAGCUCUCUUCCUUCCCGGGGUUCUUUUUCCUCCCCCUUCCUCUCAAAGCCCUUUAAACCAGAUUGCUGUGUCAGUGACUCUUAUCCUGCCCGCCAGUUCCAAGGGUUUCUAACUUUUUGUCUUGGAAAGGAAAACCACUACCUGAUUAGAAAAGCGCUUGGGAAGCCCAUUAAUCUUGCCGGCGUUGUCAGGAGUGAUCAGCGAGUUUUAUUAAAAGCCCUGGGAUUGCCUGAAAGGCCCCCUUGUCUGACUUUGAAAUGAAAGGGGCAUGUUAAGAUCUCGGGGCACAUUGUCAGGACCCCUCGCCCUGCCCCUUGGACUAUGAGCUGACCCUCCAGGAGGAAGCACAGAAGCCCUCCUUUGUUAAAGGGAUUUCGCCGGUGGACAGAGAAGAGUUGGGCCCUGUCAGCAUGAACUCUCUGAGUUGGGGGGCUGCGAAUGCCGUGCUGCUGCUGCUCCUCCUGGCCUGGGCCAGCCCCACCUUCAUCAGCAUCAACCGUGGGGUGAGGGUGAUGAAGGGCCACUCUGCCUUCCUGUCAGGAGAUGACCUGAAGUUUGCCAUCCCUAAAGAGAAAGAUGCCUGCAAAGUGGAAGUUGUGAUGAAUGAGCCAAUAACCCAGAGGGUUGGGAAACUCACUCCACAGGUCUUUGACUGCCAUUUCCUUCCCAAUGAAGUCAAGUAUGUUCACAAUGGUUGUCCAAUUCUUGAUGAAGACACAGUGAAGCUUAGACUUUACAGAUUUACUGAAAGAGAUACCUUCAUAGAAACCUUUAUCCUGUGGGUCUAUCUCCUGGAACCAGACUGUAACAUCAUCCAUAUGAGUAACAAUGUGCUGGAGGUGCCUGAAUUCAAUGGCCUGUCCCAAGCGAUUGAUAAAAAUCUGCUCAGAUUCGAUUAUGAUAGGAUGGCUAGCCUGGAAUGUACGGUCAGCCUGGACACUGCGAGAACUCGGCUGCCAGCCCAUGGCCAGAUGGUUCUCGGGGAGCCUCGACCAGAAGAACCUCGUGGAGAUCAGCCACACAGUUUUUUCCCAGAGUCCCAACUGAGAGCAAAACUGAAGUGUCCAGGUGGAAGCUGUACCCCAGGAUUAAAGAAAAUAGGAAGCCUCAAAGUGAGCUGUGAGGAGUUCCUGCUGAUGGGCCUUCGUUAUCAGCAUCUGGAUCCCCCUUCACCCAACAUUGAUUAUAUCUCCAUCCAACUGGACCUCACAGAUACCAGGAGUAAAAUUGUGUACAAGUCAGAGAGUGCGUGGCUGCCUGUCUAUAUCAGAGCUGGAAUUCCGAAUCAGAUUCCAAAGGCUGCAUUCAUGGCCAUGUUUAUUCUGGAAGUGGAUCAGUUCAUCCUGACCUCCUUGACUACAUCAGUUCUGGACUGUGAAGAAGAUGAGACCCCUAAACCCUUGCUGGUGUUCAACAUUACUAAAGCCCCGCUCCAGGGCUAUGUGACUCACCUGUUGGAUCACACCAGACCAAUCUCCUCAUUCACCUGGAAAGAUCUCAGUGACAUGCAGAUCGCCUAUCAGCCACCAAACAGCAGCCAUUCUGAGAGGAGACAUGAUGAGGUAGAAUUGGAGGUAUACGACUUCUUCUUUGAAAGGAGUGCACCUAUGACAGUCCACAUCUCCAUCAGAACAGCAGAUACAAAUGCCCCCCGUGUAUCCUGGAAUACAGGUCUGAAUCUCCUUGAGGGGCAGUCUCGAGCCAUCACUUGGGAACAGUUUCAGGUUGUCGACAAUGACGACAUCGGUGCUGUCCGGCUAGUCACCGUUGGUGGCCUGCAGCAUGGAUGGCUGACUUUAAGAGGGGGGAAAGGAUUUCUCUUCACCGUGGCUGACCUCCAGGCUGGAGUUGUUCGCUAUCAUCAUGAUGACAGCGACUCCACCAAAGACUUCGUGGUCUUCCGGAUAUUUGAUGGCCAUCACAGCAUCCGUCACAAAUUCCCCAUCAACGUCUUGCCCAAAGAUGAUAGUCCCCCGUUCCUCAUAACCAAUGUUGUCAUUGAACUGGAGGAGGGGCAGACCAUCCUGAUCCAGGGAUCCAUGCUGCGAGCUUCAGAUGUGGAUGCCAGUGAUGACUACAUCUUCUUCAAUAUCACAAAGCCUCCACAGGCUGGGGAGAUCAUGAAGAAGCCAGGGCCAGGACUGAUAGGCUAUCCUGUCCCUGGCUUCCUUCAGAGGGAUUUGUUUAAUGGAAUCAUUUAUUAUCGUCAUUUUGGUGGAGAAAUCUUUGAAGAUUCUUUUCAAUUUGUCCUGUGGGACAGCCAUGAACCUCCAAAUCUUUCAGUGCCACAGGUGGCAACAAUCCAUGUAACUCCAGUGGAUGACCAGCUUCCAAAAGAGGCUCCUGGAGUUUCUCGGCAUUUGGUUGUCAAGGAAACUGAGGUGGCCUAUAUAACUAAGAAACAGCUACAUUUUAUAGAUUCAGAAUCAUAUGACAGGGAGCUGGUCUACACGAUAACUACUCCUCCAUUUUUCUCCUUCAGCCACAGACACUUGGAUGCUGGGAAAUUAUUUAUGGUGGACAGCAUACCAAAAGUAGUUAAGAAUCCUACGGCCCUGGAGCUGAGGUCAUUCACUCAGCAUGCUGUGAACUAUAUGAAAGUGGCCUACAUGCCCCCCAUGCAAGACAUUGGUCCCCAUUGCAGAGAUGUCCAGUUCACAUUUUCUGUCAGUAACCAACAUGGCGGCACUUUGCAUGGGAUCUGCUUUAACAUUACAAUCCUCCCAGUGGACAAUCAAGUUCCUGAGGCGUUCACCAACCCUCUGAAAGUGACUGAGGGAGGUCAAAGCAUCAUCAGCACAGAGCACAUUCUGAUUUCUGAUGCAGAUACCAAGCUGGACAAUAUUGACCUCUCCCUGCGGGAAUUGCCUCUGCACGGAAGGGUGGAGCUGAAUGGAUUUCCUCUAAAUUCAGGGGGCACAUUUUCUUGGGGCGAUCUCCAUACCUUAAAAGUUAGGUAUCAACAUGAUGGAACUGAAGUUCUUCAGGAUGACCUACUCUUGGAGGUCACCGAUGGCACAAAUUCAGCAGAAUUUGUUCUACAUGUUGAGGUAUUCCCUGUCAACGAUGAGCCACCAGUCUUAAAGGCUGACCUCAUGCCUGUCAUGAAUUGCUCAGAGGGAGGAGAGGUGGUCAUCACCUCUGAAUACAUUUUUGCUACUGAUGUGGACAGCGAUAACUUGAAGUUGAUGUUUGUGAUUGCUCGCGAACCUCAGCAUGGGGUGGUGAGGAGAGCUGGAGUCACAGUGGAUCAGUUCUCUCAGAGAGAUGUUAUCUCAGAGGCCGUGACAUACAAACACACAGGUGGCGAGAUUGGCAUGAUGCCCUGUUUUGACACCAUUACAUUGGUGGUUUCGGAUGGAGAGGCUGGCCCUUUUGUGAAUGGCUGUUGCUACAAUGGACCCAAUCCAUCUGUUCCGCUUCAUGCGUCCUUUCCAGUGUAUGAUCUCAACAUCACGGUAUACCCAGUAGACAACCAGCCACCUUCCAUUGCAAUAGGUCCCAUGUUUGUUGUAGAUGAGGGCUGCUCAACAGCCCUUACUGUUAACCAUUUGUCCGCCACUGACCCUGACACUGCAGCAGAUGACUUGGAAUUUGUUUUGGUUUCUCCUCCUCAGUUUGGCUACCUCGAAAAUAUACUCCCUUCUGUGGGUUUUGAAAAAAGCAAUAUUGGCAUAAGUAUAGAUUCAUUUCAGUGGAAAGACAUGAACGCUUUUCACAUUAACUACGUGCAGUCCAGGCAUCUGAGGAUAGAACCAACUGCCGACCAGUUCACGGUGUACGUCACAGAUGGGAAGCAACACUCCUUGGAGAUACCAUUUUCUAUUAUAAUCAACCCCACAAAUGAUGAAGCUCCUGACUUUGUAGUGCAGAAUAUUACUGUGUGCGAGGGUCAGAUGAAAGAGCUGGACUCUUCCAUCAUCAGCGCUGUGGACCUGGACAUUCCCCAGGAUGCCCUGCUGUUCAGCAUCACUCAAAAGCCACGCCAUGGCCUCCUCAUCGAUAGGGGGUUUAGCAAAGACUUCUCUGAGAAUAAGCAGCCAGCCAACCCUCACCAGAAACAUGUACCUGUUCACAGUUUUUCCAUGGAACUCCUCAAGACUGGAAUGAGGUUGACGUACAUGCAUGAUGACUCAGAGAGCCUUGCUGAUGAUUUUACAAUCCGUUUGUCAGAUGGGAAACAUAAGAUACUUAAAACCAUUUCAAUAGAGGUCAUCCCAGUUAAUGAUGAAAAACCAAUGCUGAGCAAGAAGGCUGAAAUUGCAAUGAAUAUGGGUGAAACUCGUAUUAUUUCCAGUGCUAUUCUUUCAGCCAUAGAUGAAGACUCACCCAGGGAGAAGAUUUACUAUGUAUUUGAAAGGCUUCCCCAAAAUGGGCAACUUCAGCUUAAGAUAGGGAGGGACUGGGUUCCUCUCUCCCCUGGCAUGAAAUGCACUCAGGAGGAAGUGGAUCUGAACUUGCUGAGAUACACACACACCGGGGCAAUGGAUUCCCAGAAUCAAGAUAGCUUCACCUUCUACCUUUGGGAUGACAACAACAGGUCCCCUGCUCUUGACUGUCAAAUCACCAUCAAGGACAUGGAAAAAGGUGAUAUUGUCAUCCUUACAAAACCACUCGUGGUGUCUAAAGGUGAUAGAGGUUUCUUAACAACCACCACUCUCCUGGCUGUGGACGGAACAGACAAGCCUGAGGAACUGCUCUAUGUCAUCACCUCCCCUCCACGAUAUGGCCAGAUCGAAUAUGUUCACUAUCCUGGAGUUCCCAUUACAAACUUCAGCCAAAUGGAUAUAGCGGGGCAGACAGUUUGCUAUGUACACAAGAGCAAGGUGACUGUCUCCAGUGACAGAUUCAGAUUCAUCAUCAGCAAUGGACUGCGGACCGAGCACGGGGUGUUUGAGAUCACACUGGAGACUGUGGACAGAGCCCUGCCUGUGGUAACCAGGAACAAGGGGUUGAGACUGGCCCAAGGGGCCGUGGGCCUGCUUUCCCCUGACCUCCUUCAGCUGACCGACCCUGAUACACCUGUGGAGAACCUCACCUUCCUCUUGGUUCAGCUUCCCCAGCAUGGCCAGCUCUACCUGUGGGGGACAGGGCUACUUCAACACAAUUUCACCCAGCAGGAUGUGGACAGCAGGAAUGUGGCCUAUCGGCACUCAGGAGGGGACUCCCAGACUGACUGCUUUACUUUCAUGGCCACAGACGGGACAAACCAAGGCUUUAUUGUGAAUGGGAGAGUAUGGGAAGAACCUGUUUUAUUCACCAUUCAGGUAGACCAAUUGGACAAAACAGCUCCUCGUAUCACACUCUUGCAUUCCCCUUCUCAAGUGGGGCUCCUGAAAAAUGGCUGCUACGGGAUUUACAUCACUUCCCGCGUGUUGAAGGCAUCAGACCCUGACACUGAGGACGAUCAGAUCAUCUUUAAAAUUCUACAAGGCCCAAAACAUGGACAUCUGGAGAACACAACAACAGGUGAAUUUAUCCAUGAGAAAUUUAGCCAAAAGGACUUAAACAGUAAGACUAUUCUUUACAUCAUAAACCCAUCUUUGGAAGUAAAUUCAGAUACCGUGGAAUUUCAAAUCAUGGACCCCACAGGGAACUCGGCCACUCCUCAAAUUUUGGAACUGAAGUGGUCUCAUAUUGAAUGGUCACAGACCGAAUAUGAAGUCUGUGAGAAUGUGGGUGUGUUGCCCUUGGAAAUUAUCAGAAGGGGAUAUUCCAUGGACUCGGCCUUUGUGGGUAUAAAGGUCAACCAAGUGUCAGCUGCAGUUGGAAAAGAUUUCACCGUGAUUCCAUCUAAACUGAUUCAGUUUGACCCAGGAAUGUCAACUAAGAUGUGGAAUAUAGCAAUUACCUAUGACGGAUUAGAGGAAGAUGAUGAGGUCUUUGAAGUAAUUCUGAACUCCCCUGUGAAUGCAGUUCUUGGCACAAAGACAAAAGCUGCAGUGAAAAUUUUGGACUCAAAAGGAGGACAAUGCCAUCCUUCAUAUUCCUCCAACCAAAGCAAGCACAGCACAUGGGAGAAGGGCAUUUGGCAUCUGCUGCCCCCAGGGUCUUCCUCAUCCACCACUUCUGGUUCCUUUCAUCUGGAAAGAAGACCUCUUCCAUCUUCCAUGCAGCUAGCAGUCACCAGGGGAGACACCCUGCGGGGCUUUGAUUCUACAGAUCUUUCUCAAAGGAAGCUUAGGACCCGUGGGAAUGGCAAAACAGUUCGUCCAUCCUCUGUUUAUAGAAAUGGAACAGACAUCAUCUAUAAUUAUCAUGGGAUAGUUUCCUUGAAACUAGAGGAUGACAGCUUCCCAACUCACAAAAGGAAGGCCAAAGUAUCCAUCAUUAGUCAGCCACAAAAGACAAUCAAAGUGGCAGAACUGCCUCAAGCAGAUAAGGUGGAAUCCACAACUGACUCACACUUCCCCAGACAGGACCAGUUGCCCUCAUUUCCAAAGAACUGCACUCUGGAAUUAAAGGGACUCUUCCAUUUUGAAGAAGGCAUCCAGAAGCUGUAUCAGUGCAAUGGGAUUGCCUGGAAAGCCUGGAGUCCCCAAACCAAGGAUGUGGAAGAAAAAUCCUGUCCAGCCGGGUGGCACCAGCACUCAGGCUACUGUCACAUCUUGAUCACAGAGCAGAAAGGCACCUGGAAUGCGGCUGCCCAAGCUUGCAGGGAACAAUACCUGGGCAACCUUGUAACUGUAUUCUCCAGGCAGCACAUGCGGUGGCUCUGGGACAUUGGUGAGAGAAAGUCCUUUUGGAUAGGUUUGAACGACCAAGUGCAUGCUGGCCACUGGGAGUGGAUCGGUGGUGAACCUGUUGCCUUCACCAAUGGGAGAAGAGGGCCCUCUCAACGCUCCAAGCUUGGAAAGAGCUGUGUUUUGGUUCAAAGACAAGGGAAAUGGCAAACAAAAGAUUGUAGGAGAGCCAAACCUCAUAAUUAUGUGUGUUCCAGAAAACUCUAAAUAUAACAGACCCUACAGGGGGCCACCUGGAUUUUGUCACCUAUUUAUUCACAGGAUCUGUGAAUAUUGCUCCAUAGAAAACAAAUUGUUAUGAUUGAGUGGGUGGGUAUACCUUUGUGAUUCUGUCUAGUGAAAAUGGAACAUUUUUAAUAGUGCCAGAAAGAUUGAUAAACAAAUAUUUUUUACAAGAUAAGAUACAAUUUUUGUAUCUCAAUACCUUUUAAAAUAAAUGCCAGCAGUAUUAUAAAG